GAGAUGAAGGUCAAUUGGGCCGCUUCUCCCAGCACGGCACCCAAACAGGACACCAGUAAACACUUCCAUGUGUUUGUAGGGGACCUCAGUGCUGAAAUUGAACAACAUCAACUGAGAGAUGCCUUUGCUGUAUAUGGCGAAAUCUCAGACUGUAAAAUUAUCCGUGAUCCAGCCACCAUGAAAUCCAGAGGAUAUGGCUUUGUGUCAUUUGUAAAUAAACAGGAUGCUGAAGCUGCUAUUAACAACAUGAACAAUCAAUGGCUGGGCACGCGACCAAUCAGAACUAACUGGGCCACAAGGAAACCGCCAGCCCCUGUGGUCAAAGAAAAUGCCAAGCCACUUGUCUACGAGGAUGUUUUCAACCAGUCCAGUUCUACCAAUUGCACUGUAUACUGCGGAGGUGUAACUAAUGGUUUGACAGAUGAACUGAUGAGGAAGACAUUUUCACAGUAUGGCACUAUUCAAGAAGUGCGUGUUUUCAAAGACAAAGGCUACGCAUUCAUUCGGUUCGGCACAAAAGAGGCUGCCACACAGGCUAUUUGUUCUGUCCAUGGUACCACAAUCAAUGACCAGCCAGUGAAAUGUUCCUGGGGAAAGGAGUCUAAUGAAUCGAAUCCAUCCAGCCAGCAGUCGACAUCUAGCAGCCCACCAAUUGUCAUGGUGCAGUCACAGCAGCAGCCAAUCACAGCCGCGCCAGCUGCGUCACCUUAUGGCCAGUUCUACAGUAUGGGUUAUUAUCAGGGAGCACCAUAUGCAGCCACUGCGCCAACAUACCAGAGCCCUGUGCCCCCACAGGCCGCUCCCUACAUUCCUACAGCUCCGGCACAGUGGCCAGGUUAUUCUAGCUACCAGGCGUAUGGAAGCAUGAAUGUGCCCAUGAGUCAGUAUGCAGGUAUACAGGUGCAGCCUGCACAGCAGCAGUUCAAUGGUCAGGGUCAAGGGAUGGUCAGCUACCCACUGCCGCAGGGCUUUCAGCCGGCCCAGUGA